AGUGUCGUAUAAACAAUAUCAUAAUUGACAGGACGUUCUUGUACGUGUGAUUCUUUAAUCUUAUACUCUGUAUGGAAUUGAUUGAGCCCAAUAAUUAGAAUGAAUGUGGGACCUUCUAGGCUAAAUUCUUUUAGCUCCCAGCUAUCACACAUUAAACAACACAGUAAAAUAUUUCGUAAUUCAAUUUCACGAUACUCGAAUGGAGCGAAUCGUACACCGUUCAAAGUAAAGCGAGCACCAGACUUUGUUGCUAAUAAUGGUGAAGUACCCAGUAGGGUUUCAAAUUUAUGGAAACCGAUAGCGUUUACUGCCACAUUUGCAACGGGAACAUUCGUUGGAGUGUCGAUAUGGCAAUACGAGAAUAUUUAUUCGCCGAGUAAAUUCAAUCCAGAUUGGUUUAGAAGAAAAUUUGCACAGCAAAAGAAUGAUAUUCGAAGCACAUUGAAGCAUUAUUGGACAAAGCUAUCGUCGGGCGAAAAGAUUUUCGUUCCGAUAUGUGCGCUGAACGUUUUAGUUUUUGGACUGUGGCGAAUUCAGAGGUUUCAACCGUUUAUGCUGCGGUAUUUUUGUUCGAAUCCAGUGGCAAAAGCUGCAUGCUGGCCCAUGUUACUAUCGACAUUUAGCCAUUACUCGGCGUUUCACAUCUUCGCUAAUAUGUAUGUGCUGCAUAGUUUUGCCAAUGUUGCUGUGGGAUCAUUGGGAAAGGAACAAUUUAUGUACUUAUACCUUUGUGCAGGCGUUCUAUCAUCUUUGAGCAGUUAUGUGUUCAAAACAGCAUUAGCAACUCCGGGACUGUCGCUAGGAGCUUCGGGUGCAAUCAUGGGAAUUUUGGCUUUCGUUUGUGUACAAUAUCCGGACACUCAGCUGGGUAUAAUUUUCCUUCCGAUGUUAACAUUUUCAGCGGGUGCAGCUAUAAAAGUGCUAGUUGGAAUCGACUUAGCUGGAUGUAUACUGGGCUGGAAAUUCUUCGAUCAUGCCGCCCAUCUCGGUGGAGCAUUAACGGGAAUAUUUUGGUAUUUUGUCGGUGUCAAUCACAUCUGGCCGAAAAGAGUUCCAAUUCAACAGUACUGGCAUCAAUUGCGAUCGAAUGAACGAUGACAAUAGUAGAUACUUCUGAUCGAUAGCUGGUUGGGUUGAAUGUAACUAAAAUCUAUUUUCUAAAAAUUGUUAACGAGUCAAUACAAAACAUAUUGCGC